AUGGACGCUCCAAGUGCUGUCGAGAAGGAUAAGGCUCCCGACGCUCCGAUGGGCGCUCCAAUUGCUCCUACGAAGAGAAAAGCUCCUGACGCUGCGAUGGACGCUGCUAAGAAGAGAAAAGCUCCCAUGGACGCUCCAAGUGCUGCCGAGAAGGAUAAAGCUCCCGACGCUCCGAUGGAUGCUCCUACGAUGACUAAAGCUCCUGACGCUGCGAUGGACGCUCCAAGUGCUGCUAAAGCUCCCGACGCUGCUCCAAGUAGAAAAGCUCCGACUAUCAAGUGUCCUUCUACGUGUUUCAAGGCUCCAGGCAGGGACAGGUCGGGAGACGAUUCUGCUACCAAGCGUGCUGCUGUUACGACAGGAAAAGCUCUCGAGGCUCCAGCCAAAGAUAGUUCGAGCAAGGCGGUGGACGCGAGAGGAAAAUCUCUCAGGAUUCCAGGCAAGGAGGUGCACGGUACGACUAUCAAGUCCGCUGCUACAAGAGCAAUACCUCCCAAGGCUCCAGCUAGCCCGAGUAAGGAGGUGAACGAUGCAAGCGCUGCCAAGACUAGAGGAACUAGCGCUUCACACAAGGAUACGCCGAGAAAGGAGGUGCAGGAUACGACUAUCAAGUCCACUGCUGCAAAACCACCCAAGGCUCCAGUGAAAGCUAGCCCGAGCAAGCGCUACGCCGAGCAAGGUGGUGGACGAUGCAAGCGCUGCCAAGACUAG